ACAGUUUGUCUAGACUACUUUUUAUUUAUCAAUGGCCUUGGUUGUUCUAGUGACUGCACCUCAAUUUUCGAAAUACUCAUAUUUGUGGUCAGUGGUCGUGAUACGAUGGCCUCAAUAAGCAAGAACCCAUGCAAAUUCAAGCUACCAGAUUGGUUUAUAAACUCCUCUGCAAUGAGUUGCAAUUCGCUUUGGCAACGCGACGUGUCAGAGAACAUUCGUCAGGACACUCGAGCUCUACGCUUAUCAUCUCAACUAAGGACGAAAUGGGAUAAUUACCAUAACACAACUAGGCUUGCGGAUAGACUUGACAUGAUUGAAGGCUACAAGGAUAUUUUAGAGUUUGCCAGAACUAUGCUAGAUGAAGAGAUUGAGCAAUUAUCAUCCGCCAAGGAAGCAAUGGAAAAACAAAUUCAAGACAUGCAGGUCCCAGAAGAUUGUAAUAUUGAAUGUUUAACUAUAAGAGACCGCCGCCGAGGGAUUGAUUUCGCUAAAGACAAGGCUGAGAUCGAACUCAGAAAGGAACAGGAUCUGUUAUUUGAGAGCAGAAAACGGUUGCAAAGAAAAGUUGAUGAAGCCCUUAAGCAACUUCUUCAGCUGCAAGAGGCGCGCCAAAUGGUCCUAAAGGAUCUACAGGAUAAAAACGAAACCUUCGAAAUCGAUGCACAGCAAUACAAAUUAACCAAGGACUGUCCUGGUGUUUCCUUUAAAGUCAAUCCAACCCGGAUUCCAGAUGGCACUACGACCCUGAAACAAUGGGAAAAUUUUACAAAGUGCAACUUUCAGAGGGCAGAAUCUGAGGUGAAGGCAAGCCAGCGACUUUGCAAUGCCAUUUUUGCCACCAUGAAAGACGUAGAAAAUUCGCUAGAUGCACAAGGCCGGGCUGCCGACUUUGCGCUGCGACAGCGCACCCACGAAGACGAGUUGGCUCUUGACGAACUUAAAUGGCGGCUUAAAAAGACGGAAGAGGAGAUUGAGGAGAUGAUCAAUGAUUUGGACAAACUGGAGCUAGAGAUGCAAUCCGAGGCGCAGAUGAUGAAGUUAGCGCAGACGAGACUGGAGCGUCGGACUUACCGACCCGGUGCCGAUCUGUGCCGCGAUCAACCACAAUACGGCCUGACCGAUGAGGCACUUCCAAUUCUUGUCCUAAGGCAUCAGCUGCAUGCGCUAGAAGCGACUCGUAAUCGCCUCAAAGAGGGAGUCGCGAUCAAGGAGAACAGCCUCCGCAUCGACACUAACUGCUUGGAGUUGCGUAAAACGCGCAUGAACGGGAGUGGACGCUACGAAGGCCUUGAUGAGGUCAACUGUGCAAAGUUGAUGGCAGGACAUCCUACCGGCGAUGAGGCCGUGUGCGAGGCGACUCGGCUUGAUAAGGUGCCCACCUACACAAAACUUGACGCCAUCGCCUCUGCCUGUGCGCUGGAAAACUCGCCAAAAAAGGUGGUCCAGUAA